AAUAUUUAAAAAAAAUUCAGUUUUUUGAAAAAAAGUUUACUUAAAACUACCACGUUAAAAUUUAAGUGAUUAAAAUAUUAUAUUCUUAUAGCAAAUUUAACGGUCUUUAAUUUUGGUCCUAUACUUUUUUGUCGUGAGUUCAACGGUUAACGAGUUAUAAGUAAAAUAGUAGGAGGGUAGAUUUCACCCCUUUUUUGGGGGUGGAGAGAUACACACAGGGGUUAGGCGUCGGGAAUUGUAGUAUGUUAAUUGGGAAGGUACAUUUUAAGCGUGUACCAAAAUUCAGUUGGGGGCGAAUUUUUUCCGAUCUUUGUCGAUUUUUGAUCUAAUUUGACUGGACUAAAUGAAAAAAAAAUUUUAUUAAAACCCCUUGUAUGAUUUGCAUAGGCAAUAGAGUAUGCAAUGAUGCGGUUACUACAGAUUUCUAUAUAAUAGAAUUGAUUAUAAAUACUAUUCAAUGGCCGGUUACCUACCUUAUCAGAAUUGAUAUGUACUAAAUAAGAUUAGUCCGUGACGGGAGCUGACUUUACAGACUUUAAACUUCAGUUAACUGUUAAGACAAUUCAAAAUUUGAACGUAACUUAAUAAUUGAUAGUUAUUACUUAUUAUAGUAUAGACUACUAUUGUUGUACAGAGCUACAGAAGUAUUUAUCAAUAUAAAUAGUAUUAAUUAACUCCCUACAAUUUAUUAAGUUCAAAGUUCUAAUUAUUUAUUUAACACUUAUAUAUUAUGAUUUUUGUAAUUAUUAGAGUUUUAAUUAUUUAGUUUAAUGUUUGAUAACAUAUAUUUUUUUCAACAGUUUUGCUUAUAGCUAAUAUAAUUUAAAAUAAAAUUUGUGUACCAUGUUAUGUGGGAAAUAUUUUUUGUUACAUUUCUUAAGUUUAUUUUUUUUUAAAUCUACAACUGUCUAUGGAUUAAUAGAUCCAAUCACAGGAACUUUUGUUGUAGGAGCUUUUGUGACAGGAUACUUUCUAAAUAAAUCAAACUAUGUACUCCCUUAUUUUGGUGGAUGUCCUAAAACAUUUGAAAUUAAAGAUUUAGAGCAUGACAUGAAAAAAAGUUUUUUUGGGCAACAUAUUGCAUCAAAAAUUGUAGUUUCUGCUUUGGCAGGUAAUUUGCAUCGUAGCAGAAAUAACAAAAAACCAUUAGUAAUGAGUUUCCAUGGUUCCACUGGUUCUGGUAAAAAUUUUUUAUCAGAUUUAAUUGCUAAACAUAUGUUCAAUUCUGAAAAAGUAAAAGAAUUACGAUAUCAUGUUAUUCAUGGACGAUCUAAAUUUCCUUUGCAAUCAAAAAUAAAUGACUAUAAGGAAAAACUUUAUUCUGAUGUGAAAUCCGCUAUAAAAUCAUGUGCUACAAAUUUAUUUGUUUUUGAUGAAAUCCAUUAUAUACCUAUGGGUAUAUUAGACAUACUAACACCUAUUCUUGAAAAUAAUGAUGUGUCCGUGGAUUCUAGGAAUUCAAUUUUUAUAUUUUUGACUAAUACGGGUAGUGAUUCUAUUAUAAAAAAGUACUUAGAUCUCUGGGUUAACGGAGUUUCAAGAGAGUUGAUGAAAGUUCAAGAUUUUGAUACCAUUUUACUAAAAUCUGCUUUCAAUGAAGAAGGAGGGUUGAAGAAAAGUGCAAUAAUUGAUUCCCAUAUUAUUGAUCAUUAUGUUCCAUUUUUACCACUAGAAAAAGUUCAUGUGCAACAAUGUAUCGAGGCAGAGUUAAUAAAUCUAAAAAAACAUUUGGAUUCUGAAACAAAAAGUGAAAUAUUGCAGAUAAUUACAUUUGGUCCCGAGCCUCAAAAGUUAUUUUCUUCUUCUGGUUGUAAAAGGAUUAAAGCAUUGGUUACAACUGAAUUAGAAUCUAAUUUAAUUUGAAAUUUUUAAAGCACACUGUGAGUGUUCUUGUACAUAAACUUUUGGAAAAAAACCAAUCUGAAAAUAAGUAUUGAAGUAUAUAUUUUUGUAAUGUUUUAUAAUCAUAAAAAAAUUUUAAUAUAAUAAAGUAAAUUACUUUAUCUCCAAUUUGUCCUUUCCACCAUCCUUUUUGAUCCCCUUCUUUGCUCAAAAUUUUCAAUGUACAUCCUUCUUUUAAUGGUAACUGGUUUGAUUCAGUGGGAGAAAAAUUAUACUUAGCAAUGGCAAGUAUUCGACAAAAUGGCCAUUUCAGUUUGAUGUCCAACCUGCAAAAUUAAUAGUUAAAUAUAAUUAUUAUGAAUGUA